AUGGCCAUACUGACGACGGGCACGGCACAGCCGAUUGAACUGACCUUCAACCUGACCAAAGCACCCAAAAGAGGUGUGGCCAAGAGACCAUUUAUUGAAAAUGGGUGUGAACUUUAUCGUGUUGACUACCUGGACAAACACCGUUCAACCCAACAUCACCAGGACAGUGAGAAAUCUCACUCUGCAUUGAUGCAAGGAUCAAGCUCAGUUUUGGCUGCCCUCGAACCGAUGGUGGUGAUGGAGCAUGAGGCUGUGAUUGGAGGUUUUAAGUGCCUCUAUCACCUCACAAAGAGGUCCAGAAGGUUCCAGAAGGAAAAUGUAAAUUUUCUGGCUUUGAAACACCAGGUUCCUGUGACGAUUGCCAUUUUGAGAACCAUAAGGGAUGCGGGAGACCAUCAGCCUCCUGGAUCAUUUCUCUCACGGCUACACCAAGACCUUGAUAACCCUACAGGGUUAUCAAGGUUUGGUGUAGUCCAUGAGGAGGAGAGGAACCGGAGACACAGAGGCUCCUUAGAGGAGCACAGCCGAGAGCAACUCUGGGUCCGAUUUAAAAAUCAGGUGAUGGAACCUUAUCUCGAUGCGCUUGUUGAGAGUUUGGAGAGGCGUUUUGGGAGUCUAGACCUGCUAGGAGCAUUCCAUGUUCUUGGGCCUCAGGCUGCCAAGGAGGACGAGGCUGUCUGUGUGAGGAAUCUAAAACUCCUGUCAAAUAAAUUUCUGACAGGAGACCAGGUGAUCCAAGAGUGGACCUCUUUCAGGCAACAUAUCCUGAUAGGAGCAUUCCAGGGCAUGGACCAGCAGCAGAUAAUGACGCGACUGGCGUCACAGAUUGACGAGUGGGGUCAGCUUUAUCCUGGACUCAAUAAACUGGCUGCCAUUGGUCUCACAAUUCCAGUCUCAAGUGUCAACUGUGAGCGUGACUUUUCAACACUGAACAGGGUGAAGACUGACCUGAGAAACAGGCUACAGGGAGAGCAUCUGGCGACUUGUUUGAGAGUCAGCAUCAAUGGCCCCCCCACCACCAAAUUCCCCUACAGAAGAGCCCUGGAGCUCUUCUUUAAAAAGCCCAGGAGAAUUAAAUGCUCCCAGGCUGGAUGUAGCCUUUGUGGAUGAGCAAAAACUUCACAGUUCUCCGUCUGUUGUCUUCUUUGUCCUCAUCCUCCUGUCGCUCUCUUGUCCUCUUCCCCUGACUCUCACUGUCUCACAAAGGAGCUGAGCUCACCUGAGGUCUAUUUGUAGUGCUAAGGCUCACACUGAUUGGUAUUCAAUUAGCUUUAUUUUUUAUUUUUCAUGUGUGUGAGUCUGUGUUCUUUUCAAAUUUUAGUUAGGUUUAUAAUUUAAAAAGAUGUGUUUUGCCCA